GCAGCAGCUGCAGAGCUCAACGGCAAAACUCGGCCCGUCACCACGUUUUACCUUCUCCUUUACAUUUAUUCGUUUAGGAGACGCUUUUCUCCAGUCUUGAGAUCCGGAGUCGAGGCCGCAGCAACAUGUUCAGGGUUCUGGCAAUCGUGUGCCUCGCGGCAGGCGCUCUGGCGCAGGACUGCUCCAUCCAAAGCUUCCAAGUGAUGCAAAACUUUGACAGACACAGGUAUGCCGGGACAUGGUACGCGGUGGCCAAGAAGGACCCGGUUGGGCUCUUCUUGCUGGACAACAUAAUAGCUCAGUUCAAUGUGGAAGCCGACGGUACGAUGACGGCCACGGCCAAGGGCAGAGUGAAGCUCUUCAACAACUUCGAGCUUUGCGCCAACAUGUUCGCCACCUUCGAGGAAACGGACAACCCCGCGAAGCUCAAGAUGAAGUACUGGGGAGCCGCUUCCUACCUUGAGAACGGAUAUGACGACCACUGGGUCAUUGACACCGACUAUGACAACUACGCCAUCCACUUCGCCUGCCGUGUGAUGGACCUGGACGGCACCUGCCUGGACAGCUACUCCUUCAUCUUCUCCCGGCACCCCGGUGGCCUCCGGCCCGAGGACCAGAAGAUCGUCACGCAGAAGAAGCAGGAGCUCUGCUUGCUCGGCAAAUACAGGCGUGUCAGCCACACAGGAUUCUGCGACAGCUGAUUUGGAACAGAUACCACAAAUCGAAUACUUUAACAAUGUAAAGAAAACUCCAAGUGGGUUUCCACCAGCCUUAUGAUCCCUGGGACACGCGAGGCCCAAUGUAUUAUAUAAUUCAAAACUAAUAAUGUAUAUCCUACUUCUCAAAGCCUUACUUAUGAAGCAUUUUGCCCCCCCCCCGCUCCAAGGAGGGGGGGAGAAAAAAAAAAAAAAAAAAA